CAGUACUAGUAUCUACGUAAAAGAUAGGACCUGUUGUUUGUGCAGCGGCAGUUGCUAGUCCUUUCAGGAAGUUUUUUUGUCUUGGAGAUCAGGUGACUAUUAGUAUUAUGAUGAGCCAAGCUUCGACGACCCGAGACACAGAUGUAAGCUAUCCACUAAUAUCUAAGAUUAAUAUCCUGUAUGUAUCCCCGCAGAUCAGCCAAACUUCCAUUGACUUCGACGUUCAUACGACGAUGGCAGAAAGCACCAAGAAACUGCGCCAAGACAUAGAUCUAGUCGUCGUCGCAUAUCCACAAGUCGUUCGGAAUACUAGGAAGUGUAAACCGAUACCUUUGAAGAUUCAUAAGUGUACAGCCGAGAGACAAACAUGCUAUCCAGCUACUAUACACUUAAAGAUCGGUGUUUGCACAGUCGAGGAAACGGAAAAUGGUGUCGUGGUCCCCCAGUUCAGUGAAAUACUUCAGAAAGGUGGCGAAGUUACACUAAAGUUUAUAAAGAGGGAAGGUACGCUGUGUUGGGAGUUCACUUCUACAGGCGACACUGCAGAACAGCAGAACGCACAAACUCAAACUCCACCUGCCAACGACGAUUUCGUGAUCAAGAAUGAGUAUGAGAAUACUAGGCUUGCUCUAUGCUUAAUCGAUCAGGGCGGUGCUCGUCUGCCUAUCGUUGAUUUGGGCAUAUGCUCAAAUGGUCAACAAAUCAAUGUCAAUGGACCGUUAUGCGUACAAGCCUACGUCAUAGCAGGACAAACAGUUGGAAUGCCGCUGGAAUUGACGGAUGCUGAUGUGAAGUCCGGGUUACUGAAAGAGGACAUGGCUGUAAUCGACCUCCCCAAUUAUCUAUUCACACUCUAUCCCGAUCUAAGUGGGGGGCAAAUCAAACUCGAGAAAUCUUCUCGUAAGCGGACGGAACAGGAGAGUUAGGAAUGGAAUGUAUAUUCGUCUUUGUGAAA